CUUCUCUCUCAUAUUUCUCUCUUCUUAUUUUUUCCCCCAAACAAGAAACUGAAAGUAUUUAUAUAAAGGCAAGGAGAUAGAGAGAUGGACAACAAGCCAAGUUUUCCAAAUAAUAAUGUUUUAAUACUAGUGGUUGUUUGUUUUCUCUUGAUUGUAUUAGUAGGGAUUUUGGCUCAUCACAAACAUCACAAGUCAAGUGAAGCUGACACUGAGGACACGAUGAUGAUUUCUCCUCACCCCCCUUCGAAUAACGUAAUGAUUCGGAAGAUGAUGAGACAACAUUAUUCUGUUAGUCAUCACACUCAUAACUCUAUCAAUUAUGUGAGUAAAAGACCGGUACCAAAUGGAUCUAACCCCAUUCACAACCACAGGGGCGUACCACCUAAUCAUUAAUUUGGAAAUGCUACAAUCAACCCGGAGCAGUGGAGCUAGCAGCUAGCUGAGGUCUGGUUCUCUCGGAUCUACAACUAAGAAUACAGUCCAUCAUAUGUAAAUAUUUUACAUGAAAACAUAUAUGGAUAAUAAUAAAUUAUUGAUAUAUGAAUAUUGAAUAAUCAUAAAUUAUUAUAUAUGAAUAAAUUUAUAUGACCAAUUCACCUUGUUAUUGAUCAGUUCAGGCAUUAAUGUUGGUUUUGCCUUUGUCAAGUAAAAGCGUGAUUAUUGUAGUGUAUUUUCAUCUGCAGUUGUAAAUUCUUUAGCAUUGGUUCUACUCUCCC